CAGUCGGCUCGCUGCGCAGGAGGAGCCCGACACCAACUGAAAACACCGACCCAAAGAAAGCCAUGAAGCCGCUCCAAUCAACUCAUCUGGAUUUCCUAUAGCACCGGCUUCGUCUGUCGAAAUUUGCACGGGGAGGUUUUGCCAUUUCGGAAUAAAAAAAAAAAAAAGGGUGUUGGAUACGCGGACUACAUUCACGCUUUCCCCAAAACGCACCAAGAGGCAUCGGUAAAGAGGGAGGGAGCCAGACCAGAGCCCGGGAUGCUUCUGGAGUGACUGACUGUGCACUGGCAACCUCAGCUCUAAUGUAAUGGAAACCCAGCGCUGUCGCCACGGUACCAUCUGAAAUGCAUCAGCGGAAAUCUCUACCCAUCUCCCCAUGGGUAAUCGCAUUGGGCGCUGGCUACUGUCUGCGCUAGCUAGUCCGGUGCCCUGCUAUGCCCCCCGCAAUGCCAAACCUGCCCUCCGCUGCCAACAAGGAGCGCUCAGUUCUGAAAGUGCUGUGGAAAAAGUUGGUCUGGCUUGAUUUUUUUUGAAUUGUAACCAAGUUAUCCAGCAGUGUGCAGCACGGAUUCUGUUUUGCCGCUCACAAGAACUUAACAUAAACACAAGGACGCCCCGUUGUCAUCCCUACGCGGCAUAAUGGAUGUUCGCUUUUAUUACCAACCUCUACCGGAAUUGAAAAUGUGAAAAGGGCAAAAUGAACACAGCCCUAUGAAGAAGAGGACUAUCGCUGCAGUAUAUCAAAAAUGGCUCAGACCAGUUUGCUGCAGGGGAAGCGCUUUUACUGCCGGGAGUGGGUCUUCCAUAAGAUCCAGCACUGUCUCCAGGAAAAGAGCAACAACUUGAGCGGAUUGACUCCCAAUAAGCAACCCCAGCCUCCAGCUCCCAGCGGGGGGCCAUCCAAUACGCCUGGUGCCCUAACUCCAGCUUCUGCUAACCCAAACAAGACCACUGGUUCAUGGGGAGUGUUAUUAGUAGGUGGGCCAGGUAGCGGAAAAACAGCAUUGUGCACGGAGCUGCUUUGGCCAACUUCCAGCCAAGGUACUCACCGGGGGCUGAACCAGCAGGGAUUGGCGUUCCACUUUUGCCGGGCGGACGAUUCGGAUACCCUGUGCGUGGGGGGGUUCGUGAGGGGGCUGGUGGCUCAGAUUUGCGGCAGCGGGUUGCUUCCAGGUUACGAGGAGAAGGUGCGUGAUCCGGCUGUGCAGAGCGUGCUGCAGCCAGGGGAGUGUGAGAGGAACCCCACUGAGGCGUUUAAGAGAUGUGUCCUGGUGCCCCUGCUCAGCGUGAAGCCUCCUCCACAGGCCCUCUUCCUGCUGGUGGACUCCAUAGACGAGGGCUGUCAGCUGGGGGACGGGGAGCAGAGGACCGCCCCCGCUUCACCCAGGACCAUUGCCGAGCUGCUGGCCGCUCACCAUGAGUUCCUGCCCCCGUGGCUCCUGCUCAUCUGCUCGGCACGCAGGCAGAACAAGGCCAUCACCAAGUUAUUCACAGGUUUCCGGAAAAUCAGCCUGGACGAUCUGCGCAAGGCCUACAUCGUCAAAGAUGUGCAGCAGUACAUCCUCCACCGGCUGGACCAGGAGGAGGCUCUGAGGCAACAUCUCACCAAGGAGACCGCAGAGAUGCUCAACCAACUCCACAUCAAGAGCAGCGGUUGUUUCCUCUACUUGGAACGCGUCCUGGAUGGAGUGGUGGAGAACUUUAUCAUGCUUCGCGAGAUCCGUGACAUCCCUGGCACACUCAACGGCCUCUACUUGUGGCUCUGUCAGAGACUAUUUGUCAGAAAACAGUUUGCCAAAGUUCAGCCUAUUCUCAAUGUAAUCUUGGCAACGUGCCGCCCACUCACUGUCAAAGAACUGUACCAUGCAGUCUGGACCAAAAACAUGACACUAACCAUGGAGGAUUUUCAGAAAAAGAUGGACAUUUUAUCCAAACUGUUGGUGGAAGGAUUGGGGAAUACAAAAAUACUUUUCCACUACAGUUUCGCAGAGUGGUUGCUCGAUGUUAAGCACUGCACUCAGAAGUACUUGUGCAACGCUGCAGAGGGGCAUCGGAUGUUAGCCAUGAGUUACACUUGUAGGGCCAAACAGCUCAAACCACUCGAAGUUCAGGAGUUCGCGUUGCACCUCGUCAACUCAAACCUGCAAAUUGAACCUUUUAAUCUGGCUCUGUGGAUGGUUUGGAAUGGUACCCCGGCUAAAGAUGCCCUGUCUAUCUCAAUACCAAAAGAACAGGAAGUACUGCAGCUUUUAGUCAAAGCCGGAGCUCAUGUUAACAACGAAGAUGACCACGCCUCCUGCAUUGUACAGCAGGCCCUAGAGAGAGAGGACUCUAUAAGGACUUUACUUGAUAAUGGCGCCUCAGUAAAUCAAUAUGACUCUAGUGGCAGAACUCUCUUGGCUAACGCUGCAUACAGUGGAAACUUAGAUGUAGUUAACUUGCUCAUUUCCAGAGGAGCAAACAUGGAGUUAGAAGACAACCACGGACAAACAGCACUUACGCUCGCUGCAAGGCAAGGCCACACUAAAGUCGUCAAUUGCCUCAUAGGUUGUGAGGCCAAUAUCAACCACACAGAUCAUGAUGGAUGGACAGCGCUCCGGUCUGCAGCUUGGGGUGGGCAUUCGGAAGUUGUAUCGGCUCUCCUGUACGCGGGCGCCAAAGUGAACUGUGCCGAUGCAGACGGGAGAACAGCUUUGAGGGCAGCUGCGUGGGGCGGUCAUGAAGACAUCGUGUUGAACCUCCUCCAGCACGGCGCGGAGGUCAACAAGGCGGACAAUGAAGGAAGAACGGCUCUGAUUGCAGCUGCGUACAUGGGGCACAGAGAGAUCGUGGAGCACCUCCUCGACCAUGGCGCUGAAGUGAACCAUGAAGACGUGGAUGGGAGGACGGCGCUCUCAGUGGCGGCCCUCUGCAUCCCCGCGAGUAAGGGCCAUGCUUCAGUAGUAAGCCUCCUGAUCGAAAGGGGGGCGGAGGUUGACCACUGUGACAAAGACUGCAUGACCCCUCUACUUGUGGCUGGCUAUGAAGGACAUGUGGAUGUAGUGGAUUUGCUCUUAGAAGGUGGUGCUGACGUGGAUCACACAGACAACAAUGGCCGCACCCCUCUGCUGGCUGCUGCGUCUAUGGGCCAUGCGUCUGUCGUCAACACAUUACUGUUUUGGGGCGCAGCUGUCGACAGUAUUGACAGUGAGGGAAGGACUGUCCUGAGUAUUGCCUCCGCUCAGGGAAAUGUGGAAGUGGUGCGGACUCUGCUGGACAGAGGUCUGGAUGAGAAUCACAGGGAUGAUGCAGGCUGGACGCCACUGCACAUGGCUGCUUUCGAAGGCCACAGACAGGUGUGUGAUGCCCUCAUUGAGCAAGGCGCUCGCUGCACAGAAGUUGAUAAUGACGGUCGAAUACCGUUAAUAUUAUCUGCACAAGAAGGACAUUAUGAUUGUGUUCAAAUUCUUCUGGAAAACAAAUCCCCUGUGGACCAGAGAGGAUAUGAUGGGAGGAACGCUCUGAGGGUGGCAGCUCUGGAGAGCCACAGGGACAUAGUGGAGCUGCUGCUGAGCCAUGGGGCUGAUAUAGACUAUAAAGAUGCAGAUGGACGUCCCACUCUCUACAUUCUGGCACUUGAAAAUCAGCUGGCCAUGACGGAGUAUUUUCUUGAAAAUGGUGCCAAUGUUGAAUCUUGUGACACAGAGGGUAGAACUGCUCUCCACGUGUCCUGCUGGCAAGGGCAUCUUGAAAUGGUGCGACUGCUUAUUAAUUACCAUGCUGAUGUAAAUGCGUGUGACAAUGAGAAAAGAUCUGCCCUCCAGUCUGCUGCGUGGCAAGGCCAUACCAAAGUGGUGCAGUAUCUGAUAGAAAAUGGCACCCGGGUAGACCACACAUGUAACCAGGGAGCUACAGCGCUGGGCAUAGCUGCCCAGGAGGGUCAUAUUGAUGUUGUUCAAAUCCUUCUUGAGAAUGGUGCUGACCCAAACCAUGCUGACCAGUUUGGGCGCACAGCAAUGAGAGUUGCAGCUAAAGGAGGUCAUGCAAUGAUUAUUAAGCUGCUAGAAAAAUAUGGAGCCUCUACAUUGAACGGGUGCAACCCCUCUCCUGUGCAUACCAUGGAAGAAAAAACAUCUUCUGUAACUGGUAAAAUGCAGUCCCUCACCAUCAAAUCCAGCAGUUCAGGCAGCACAGGAGCUGGUGACAUGCAGUCAUCCGGCCGAUGUCUCACCAAUGGACCUGUCCAUGCAUUUAGCUCUCCCUCUGAGUCUCCAGACUCUACUGUCGACAGGCAGAAAUCCUCCCUCUCUAAUAACUCCCUAAAGAGCUCCAAGAACUCCUCCCUGAGAACCACAUCCUCCACAGCCACUGCUCAGACUGUGCCCAUUGACAGUUUUCAUGGAAUGACUUUCACAGAACAGAUCCAGCAGCACUCACUGCCUCGCAGUCGCAGUAGACAGUCUAUUGUAUCCCCUUCUUCUACAACAAAGUCCAUUGGCCAGCAGCCAUCCUCGCCAGCCAGUGACUUUGACUGGUCACAGUUAAAACCAGGUCUUAAUAAGGCCUCAAAGGCAAAUAAAAUUUCAUCUUCAAAUGGUAAAACAUCUCUGGGAGAUAAAAAGAAAAACAAGAAUAAUGGGUCAAACCAAGUUCUGGAGUAUGAGAUGACUCAGUUUGAUAAGCGAAUAGCUCUAAAUAAAACAGUUGCAAACAUUGCAGUGAAGGAUCCUCAUUGUAAAAUCAUGAUUGGCAGUCCCAUCCAGCCCAACCAAGAUCAGUACUUCAUCCAGCAGCAGAGCCUGGCAGAAAAGAAGAGAAAUGGCAUCAUGACCAACCCGAACUAUCACUUACAGGGUAAUCAGGUUUUCCUGGGGAGGGUGUCCGUUCCCCGGAAUGCUCAGAACAGAGGUCACCAGGAUGUGCUGGACAAUUAUCCCAUUGGAGAGACAGAGCUGAACCUCAAACAGGCUCUUAAACUGCAGAUAGAAGGAUCUGACCCGGGCUUCAACUACAAAAAGGAAACACCUUUAUAGCUGUUUCAGAUGUCAUGGAUGCAUUCAUCGUGCAGACAUCAGAGGGAAUGUGCCAAAGCAACUGUUUUUCAUUUGCAUAAAAUCCUGCAUUUGUGCUCAUCAGCAGGGGACCUGGAGAAAACCCGUGGGGAAGACAAUUGCUGCCUGAGGCUUAUGUGAACUGAUACUUCGAUGUGCCUACAUCUGUUACAGCCUACUUCAUAUAUCCAUGCAAAUGCAUUUUUUUUAUUUAAUGUAUUGAUAUUUAAUGAACAGUGUAUGCACUUUUUAAAAGACAACAGUCAUGUAUUUGUUUUAUCACGUUGUAUCCAUCCAUAUUUGAGUAACUGAUGAAACAUACCAAUGCUUUAUUAUUUAAUGUCUUUUUGGCAACUUUUGAUUUGACACUGACUGCGAUGCACCACGGAGUGCAUUGUGACAAAAACAUGACAUAAUAGCUGAUGUCAUGGUAAUGGAUUUGAUAGUCUGCCUUUCCUAGAGACCCCAAAUAAUCUGUGUUAACCUUAUCAGUGUGCUAAACUUGCAUUGUGACAAUAUGUUUAUAGCUGUGGCAACAUUCUUUAGGCAAGCAUAUUUAUUAUAUUUUUUUGGAAACAAGCCACUUUUGAUGCAUUUUGGGUUGCAUUACACUCAACCAUGGUGCUGUGUUCAGAAGUUGCCUGCAGUUAUUUUUAGACUCCCUAUUUUUUUGGCUUUGUGUGUUAUGACUUAAUAUGAGUAUCUCAGAGGGAGGCUUCACUGAAACUAAAAAUUAUUCAUUUUGUCCCUGUGGGAUUUUUAUGAGUUGUGCAUUUUAUGUUUUUCUGUAUUAAAAAUAUAUAUUUAAAUACCCAUUGUGUACCUUCUGCAAAAGUUUAGUGCUAAACGCAGUAGGUUGUGUUCACGUGAUAUCACAACAUUGAGCUGGAGGACGGGUCAGAAUUCAUAUUUCAUAUUUGUUGACCUGGUUAUGGUUAAUAUCUGUACUUACUGGGCCUGUCCAUAUGAAACAAAAACUGGUACAAAGUUCAACAUUUUCUCUGUCAGUAUAAAUAAACACAAUAGCCUGUCAAAAUAGCCUAAGAAAGUGGUGCCAUGAUUCAACUCCAAAGACGUGAUUGUUGUCAGUUGAAAGGACUGUAAGCCAUGUUGCAAGUUUGUGGAGCCAAUCGCUAACAAAUAAUGACAAGGUGCAACAUUUGUGGAUCAUAAGUUUGGAUUUUUUCCAAAACUAUGAAUCUCCCAUUGAGUUAGCUAGGCCCCUGCCCUCCAUCUGAAAAUAAUGUCAUCAUAAAAUUCUAGGACGUGAACGCAAUCUGUUUGCGAUUCAAAAAUAACUAAUAAAAGUUCUAUGUUAAACCUACUGUAAUGCAAGAUGCCCCAGCUUAGUCUAGUUUUGGUUAUUUUGCGUAAUUCCUGCUGGAUUUUCAGGAGGCAUGACAAAAGAACGACUAAAAACAGCCUGAACCACCAAGACAAGUCAUGGUUUUGGAAAGGCAGAGCUCCAAAGCCAAAGUUUGAAGCGACAAACUCUAUACACACUCCUUCCUGGAUAUUCGCUCAGUCGGACUUAACCCUUUGGGGAGAUGGAGGGAGGGAGGCUGGGAGAACUUCUACAUCUGUUUCUCAUGAACUGCGUGGAGCUGUGCUAGCGUUUACAGGGCUGUGUCAUAUUUUUGCAGGCUUUUCAUAAUGUUAACAGUGAGCUAUUUUUUGCCAAGUUCUGGGAUUUUGGGGAGGGGAGCAAAAUGUCUAUAGCGUGCACAAACACUCGUAAGCCGUAGCCGAAGCUCCGGAGUGACAAUGGCGAAAGGUUGUGAAGGGUCAACGGAAGGAAAUCAGGCCAGAAUUAGAUCUGCGAAGGGAGAACGCAUACUGUACAGUCUUAUUGGAAAUAUCAUGUUUGUUCGAUGUGUCUGCCACCUUUGAGUUGUCAGUGGUUGGAUUGUAAAUAGCUUACCAUGUACAUUGAAGUCUCAUGUUAAAAAGAAUUCCUGUAUUAUAUGAAGUGGGAUUUUCUGAUGUAUAUUAAAGUGCUUAAUAAACAUAUUUGCUUUACUGCU